AUGGACGUCGAGCAAUCGAUCGAGGAAGAGAUGCUAGAUUUGUUCUUCUGUGGGACGACUAGUUCAAAGAAGUUCCUCGCUAUCACGAACAUUUGUUUCGACGAAGGUCUAUUUAGGAUGUCCCGUGAUUUGUUCAACCGCAUAGAUGAUGGUAUACUUGAGCAUGACUAUGAUGGUUAUUUUACGCAAAAAAGAAGUGCUUAUGGAGCUCUUGGGUUACAUCCUCUGCAAAAGAUGACCGCGGCAAUGCGGAUGCUAACAUAUGGAAUAGCUGCUGAUGGUGCUGAUGAGUACAUCUGGUCCGCUAAGGCUACUAAUUUAGAGUCUUUCAAGAAAUUUGUGAUCAAAGUUUGUGAAGUAUUUUGGGAAAGGUACCUGAGAUCUCCAAAUGAACAAUACAUUGCUAGGUUACUUGCAAUAGGGGAGGAAAGAGGAUUUUCUACCGAAGGUCAAACUCCUGCAGUGAAUUAUAGCAUCAAUGGCCAUCAGUACACAAUGGGGUAUUACCUUGCAGAUGGUAUCUAUCCACGGUGGGCAACAUUUGUGAAGAGCAUACCAGCUCCAGAUACAAGAAAGCAUAAAACUUUUGCGAAGAAGCAAGAGGCGUGCAGGAAAGAUGUGGAACGAGCCUUUGGAGUUAUGCAAUCCCGUUUUGCCAUUGUUCGUGGACCUGCUAAAGGAUGGAAACGUAAAGAAAUCGGUGAUGUCAUGAAAGCUUGUGUCAUAAUGCACAAUAUGAUAGUUGAAGAGGAGCGAGAAACUGGUCGACAAAACUGCUCUUAUGAGGCAAUGGGAGAAAGAGUCACAGUCUCUCGUACUCAUGCGGAACAACUGAGCUCUUUUAUUCAGAUGACUCACUAG